ACACUAUAUAUAUAUACACGACCAACUAGCACAUACAUACAACAACUUAUUAUUCUCUUUCACAGUUUUGGACCCUCAACAUAGGACCAUAUGGGUUUCAAUUUUGAUACCUUGUUCUUAUUCUCUCUGUUUAGCUUAGCUUUGCUUGUGUCCAUACAACAAGUAAAUGCAACAAAGUCACAUAGUGUGAGUGGUCCAUUAAGAGGGAGAAAAGAAUUAAAUAAGUGUAAUUUGUUCUAUGGUAGUUGGAUGCUGGACUAUGACUCAUAUCCUACCUAUGACUCUUUAAGCUGCCCCUUCAUAGAUGCUCAAUUUGAUUGCAAAAAGUUUCGAAGACCUGAUCAAAAGUAUCUUCAAUUCUAUUGGAAGCCUGAUUCAUGUACCUUACCAAGGUUCGAUGGGUUGGAUUUCUUGAACAAGUGGAGGGGUAAGAAGAUAAUGUUUGUGGGUGACUCAUUGAGUCGAAACAUGUGGGAAUCAUUGUCUUGUAUGAUUCACGCAUCUGUGCCCAAUGCAACUACCAGCUUUUCCACGAGAGAAUCAAUGUCAACUAUUAUCUUCCAGGACUAUGGAGUAACCAUACAGCUAUACCGCACACCAUACUUGGUGGACAUAAUCGAGGAAGAUGUUGGGAGAGUUCUUACACUAGACUCCAUAAAAGCUGGUAAGGCAUGGAUAGACUCUGACAUGUUGAUCUUCAACUCGUGGCAUUGGUGGACCCACAAAGGAGAUUCACAAGGGUGGGAUUAUAUACGAGAUGGUCCCAAGCUAGUGAAGAACAUGGACCGUUUGGAUGCAUUUUUUAAGGGGUUGACUACUUGGGCUAGUUGGGUUGAUGACAAUGUUGACCCUACCAAAACUAAACUCUUCUUUCAAGGAAUUUCUCCUACUCAUUAUCAAGGCGAAGAUUGGAAUCAACCAAAGAAGACAUGUAGUGGGGAAGUUGAACCAUUACCUGGGUCAAAAUAUCCAGCACCUCUACCUCCUGCAAAUGAUGUAGUGAACAGUGUGUUAAAGAACAUGACGAAGCAAGUUUAUCUACUUGACAUAACACUCCUUUCACAACUACGAAAAGAUGCACAUCCUUCUGUCUAUGGUAAUGAGAAGAAUACCGGCAAUGACUGUAGUCAUUGGUGCCUUCCAGGACUACCUGAUACUUGGAAUAUACUCCUAAAUGCAGCUCUAAUAAUGUAAAGUUAUUAGAGUAUUAUACUCAAAGUGCUAA